AUGCCGACGACGAUAAUAUGGAUACUGACGAGGAGAUGGAGGAAUGGGCCAGCAGAUGCAUUUCAGGAUCGUAGAGGUGGUCGUGCCUUACCCUUUCCGCAGCUGCCUGGUCCUGCGUACUUGGAGGGUCCGUGCGAGGGAGGGCCGCAAAAUUUAGAGUUUAUGCGAUGGUUCAAGUCGCAUAUAGCGAUGUACAUUUGGGAAGGAUAUGAGCGCCGUGAAACUACACGGUGCGAGUCGAGGACCAGAGCACUGGAGGACUACCGCGGCCCGCAGGAUAACACGAUGAUUGCGAGGUUGGAGGCAACAGGUCUUUACCACUUACGAGACUGUUUUCUGAAGAGGAUGAACAAGAACCUCAUGCUAGCUUUCGUGGAGAGGUGGCAGCCGGAGACGAACAGUUUCCACAUGCCAUGGGGCGAGAUGACGAUCACGCUCCACGAUGUCGCUUUCAUCCUGGCGUUGCGGCUGGACGGACCAUCAGUGUCUGAAAUUCGCCCGGUAGAAGAGUGCUCACAGAGUCUUGCAUCUGUAUUGGGUGUCGGUCUUAUGGACACCAAUGAGAUGUUUCGAAAUAAGGGAGUUGGUUGGGUUAAGGUGAGAGAUCAGUUGACGCUUCCCUGCGCCACAGACGACAAGAAGAUGAAGGGCUACUUGAUGUUUCUGCUUGGGUCUGUUUUGUUUGUAGACAAAACAGCGUCUAACAUAAAGCCGUGGUGGAUCCAUUUUACCAACGAUCUCGAUAAUGUCGGCAAGUAUUCGUGGGCUUCGGCAUGCUUAGCAAACAUGUACCGCCAAUUGGGUAUUGCCACCCGCGCUGGGAUGAACAGUCUCUGUGGAUGUGUAAUUCUCCUUCUGUGCUGGAUCUUUGAGCAUUUCCCCUGCUUUCGACCACCUCUUUCCCGUUCAUAUGCUUAG